AUGAUGGCCGAUCUGGAGGCCGACGGUUGGGCGGCAAAGAUACCGCUGGAAGGAUCAAGGGACCUUCGCGCCCUGAACGCAGAAAACUGGACAAGACAAAAAGACGGCGCGUUGGCGCCAACUCAUAUCGUACGCCUAAAGAGUUCCAUUCCACCUGACGGCCCGCUCCCACAACUGGCGCGGCCGCAUCCGCACACAGAUCCGAUGCCCGCGAUUAGGGCGCGCACACACGCGCCGCGUCGUGACCCGCCCGCGAGCCGCUGCGACGCCGCCCGAUCUCGGUGCCCUUUUUUAAUUCGCGCAAUAACGCACCGCGCGCCACGCCGCGAUCACACGGCGUGGUUUUUCGAAUUGUUGCUAAUGAAUGCGGAUGAAGCAGUCGUCGUGAGAGAUGCGCCUCGCUCCGCCCUUCGGAUAUUCUGCGUGCCGGUCGGCGCGAUAACGCUCCGUAGCGCUCAUAAACGUAUAGGCAUGCUG